AUGUAUAACACCUUAAUUAGGGCCUAUGCGAAUGGUGAACACCCAGAAAAUGCUAUCUUGCUUUACCAACAAAUGGUUUGUUCUGGUAUUUUCCCAAACGAAUUUACUUUCCCUUUUAUACUCAAAGCGUGCGCGACUCUUCAGGCGUACCGAGAAGGGGUUUUAGUUCUUGUUCAUGUGAUGAAGUUGGGGUUUUUUGAGUCUCAUAUUUGCGUGCAGAAUGGGCUUAUAAAUUUUUAUGUUGGCUGUGGAAUGGUUGAUUGUGCCCAAAAAAUCUUUGAUGGUGUUGAGGAUAGGACUAUAGUUUCCUGGAACUCAUUGAUCCAUGGGUAUUCAAAGAUGGGUUGUUGGAAACAAGCUUUGUUACUGUUCUGUGAGAUGAGAGAAGGAGGGUUCGAACCGGAUGACCGUACCUUAGUUAGUUUGCUCUCAGUUUGUUCGGGAAACUAUGAUCUCAAGUUAGGGAGGUUUCUUCAUUGGUAUAUGGAAAUUACUGGGGUUCAUUUUGAUGUUUAUGUGCACAAUGCACUUCUGGACAUGUAUGCCAAGUGUGGACAUUUGCAGACAGCUGGAGCUGUUUUCAAUCGAAUUAUUGAUAAAAAUGUCGUUUCCUGGACUUCCAUGAUUAGUGCAUAUGCCAAACACGGAUUCGUGGAAUUAGCUAAGAAUGUUUUUGAUCAAAUGCCUGUGAAAAAUGUGGUUUCUUGGAAUUCUAUGAUUUCCUGUUUUCUCCAUAAUGGUUACUAUAGAGAAGCUCCGGAUGUUUUUUCCAAAAUGUGUAAUUCUGGAACGCUUCCUGAUGAAACUACUAUAAUUAGUGUUCUUUCAGCCUGUAGUCAACUUGGUGAUUUAGCGACAGGAUGGAAAUUCCAUAGCUAUGUCCAUGAUAAUAUUAUGAAACCUACUGUUACUUUGUACAAUGCACUUAUAGACAUGUAUGCAAAAUGUGGUUCCACGGAGAAGGCACUAGAUGUCUUCCUUGAGAUGCCGGAGAAGAAUAUUGUCACGUGGAAUACUAUAAUUAGUGCCCUCGCAUUGCAUGGUUGUGGAUUUAAAGCCAUUGAACUUUUCGAAGAGAUGGAAGCUGAAGGGGUACAUCCUGAUGCAAUCACCUUCACUGGCUUGCUUUCGGCUUGUUGUCAUGGUGGUUUCAUUGAUGUUGGAAGAUUCUUUUUCCACAAAAUGAUUCACAUUUACAAAAUACCCCAUGAUACUGAGCACUAUGCCUGCAUGGUUGAUAUUCUCGGUCGUGGAGGGCUUUUGGAAGAGGCGCUUCAGCUGGUUGGAAAAAUGCCAAUGAAGCCAGACAUAGUUAUCUGGGGUACUUUGCUCGGUGCUUGUAGAACUCAUAGAAAUGUGGAAAUAGCAAAACUCGUCUUAAAGCAGCUACUGGAGUUGGAAACAUAUAGUGGAGGGCUGUAUGUGCUCAUGUCAAACAUAUUCUGUGAAGCUGGAAGAUGGGAAGACAUGAAAAAGACGAGGAAACUAAUGAAGGAUCAUGGUGUCAGAAAGAGUGAUGCAGUUAGCUCUAUUGAAAUUGGAGGCAGCAUUUCUGACUUCAUGGUUGAAGACAAGAGACGUGAAGCUUCUGAUGUAAUUUACACCGUGCUCAAUCAGUUGACAGACCAAUUAAAGUCUCGAUGCAGUCUUACGAGGGAAUUCUUAGAGGCCAAGGAAAUUUGGAGCUUUGAAGAAAAUGAAGUUUUACGGCAGAAACUUUUAAGUAGUGUGGCAAUGGGACUCUGUAGCUUGAUCUUUUCCAACCUUAAGAGAAAACCUUUCGCGCUGAAUCAUAUGGUUCUACAUCAUCAGAAGUGGGAUCCCUUCUUAGUCCAAUUAAUCCCUAACUCAGAUACUAGUGAUACUAUGAAACACAAAAGCGUGCUUGCUGUUCCUACAAAACAUGCAAUUGAGUUAAUUUCACAUUUUUGCAAACCGCCCUAUGGUUGGCUACACUGCUUUGGCAGCUCAAACAUUGGCUUCACUGCUUUGGCAGCUAAGUUGUCAAACUUGAUUGUACAACUAGCAUGGUCAGAGGCGGAACCAGACGACUUGAUUACCAAAGAAAAUUCCUUCCUUGAGUGUUCGGUUAUAGGCGCUUUCAUAAUUUAA